CGGGCGACGGUAGAUAACAGACCGUAGUCGUAUUGCACGCAGCAACAACGGCGGCCGUCUUGUUGGUAUCGCAUCAUCGACGGUCGCUUUGUUGCCGACUGACCAUUUCGAGCACGCGCGCCGAUCAUGUCCUCCAGGCUGGACGUGACCAAAAACAGGCAGCAGAUCUUGGACACGUGGAAAGAUGUGGUGAACGACAAGACGUCGACCGACUGGGCCUUGUUUGGCUACGAGGGACCGAGCAACGUGCUGAAAGUCGUCGGGCAAGGAAAUGGUGGAAUUGAAGAAAUGAAAGAAGACUUAAAUAGUUCUAAAAUAAUGUAUGCUUUUUGUCGAGUGCUAGACCCAAAAACAAGCCUGUACAAAUGUGUUUUAAUAAAUUGGCAAGGAGAAGGAGCACCUAUUGUUAGAAAAGGUACAUGUGCUAAUCACAUACGUGAUGUAUCAAAUAUAUUAAAAGGAGCACACGUUACAAUAAAUGCUCGUAAUGAUGAUGAAGUAGACACAGAUAUUAUAUUAUCAAAAGUUUCCAAGUCAUCAGCAUCUGUGUAUUCUUUUAAAGAAAGACUUGAUCAAUCACAACCGAUAGAGAAAAUUGGUACAGCCUACAAAAGGAUUCAACCCAAUUUAGAAAUAAAUUCAACAGAGAGAGAUAAGUUUUGGGCAGCUGAAGAAGAAAAAGAAAAAUGCAGACAAGAUGAAGAACGGAAGAAAAAAGAAUUGGAGCAAAAAAAAAUGGAAGAUGAAAGACUUUUAAGAGAGGACGCUGAUAGAAUUAGAAGAGAUUCAAUAAUAAAUGAUGAAAUUUCAAAAGUUGAAAUAGUCCCUACAAUUUCUAAAACUGAACCAGAAACCACCAUUGUUAAAGCAGAAAUAGAAAAAAGUAAAAUUGAAAUAGCACAACCUGUGUUAAUAUCUAAGGAAACUGAUAGUCAAAUUGAACAAAAUAAUAUUGAAAAUGAUUUUGGUAUCAGAGCUGAAGCUUUAUAUGACUAUCAAGCAGCUGACGAUACAGAAAUAUCAUUUGAUCCUGGUGAUAUAAUUUGUCAUAUUGAUAAAAUUGAUCAAGGCUGGUGGCAAGGUUUGAGCCCUGAUGGUACAUUUGGUCUAUUUCCAGCUAAUUAUGUUCAGCUUCUUCCAUAAGAUCUAUUAAUCUUAUUUUUUCUUUAGUAAUUAAUAUUAUACCUAUGAUUUUACUAUAAAUUUAAACUAAUUUA